AUGCUAGCAGAUAUUGAUAUCCAAGGGAACACCAUCUUGCAUCUUGCAACAUGCGUGGGGUAUCCGACAAGCUCUCCUUCUGGAUUCACAGAUGCUGGUGAUCGAUGGAAUGCCAAUUUUCAUGUUGGGGCAAAGCGGGGAAGUGUUGGAGUGGUGAACCAGCUGAGUUGGGAUGUGCUUUGGUUUAAGCGAGUAAAGCAUGACUCUUAUCCACACCUAUGGCAUCUUCACAACAUUGAGGGAAAGGCAGCAGAAGAAUUAUUCGAAGAAAAUCACUCAGUUCUCCGAGAAGAAGCAGAGAAAGCAGCCAAACAUGUGAGUGACAACUUAAUCAUCGUCGCCAUCCUCAUCGGCACAAUCAAUUUCGUGGCAUUUUUCACUGUCCCUGGAGAUUUCAAUCAAAACACUGGCAUUCCCAUGUUCUGUGAAAAUUAUAAGCAAGAAAUGGAUUUCUUCCUGGUGUACAUAGGCCUUGGUCUCUUCUACGUGUUUCUGUCCUUAGCAACUCUCAUGUUAAUUCAGCUAUCGUGGUUUGACACCAAGGAUUUUCACAUUGCCAUUCCAGCAAAAACUAUACUUUCCUGCAUCACCAUUAUCUACUCCACUUGUUUUUCUGCCACAGCGUAUGCUCAGUGGUAUAUUCUUGAAGGGAAAUUGUCAACCUUCUUGACCACCUUUUUGACUUUGUUCCUAUUGCUUGUGUCGGCAGUGUUGGCCCUCAUAAUGAUCAACACGAAGAAUGAAGCUGGUUCAUCGGAGAUCAUGUCGGUAGUUACUGUUCCGACCCCAGAUUUGGGGCCUCAAUACGAGCAGCUACAAGGGCAUUCUUGGCGUGUUGAUAAGCCAAAAAUUAGAGAUAACAAUCAAAGGAUUCCUAUUGCUAAGGAGGGAAUCCCGGAGGGAGGGUCUUCGCCUCCUGAGCUCAACAUUGGGGCAGUUAGGAAUUUGAAGCUGGCUAACAAGGGAAAGGAAAGUGGUCUC